AUGGCAACACAAAGCAACAAAGAGAUCUUCUUGGGUGGAUUAAAGAAACUCCUCAAAGAACAAUGGCAAGCAGAUGUAUUACUCAAGGCAGGAAACAGUGUUGAGGGUGCAACUAUAUCCGCCCAUAAACUUGUUCUGGCAUCAAGAUCAAUGGUAUUGAAGAAGAUUAUGGAAUCAGACGAGUUCAAGGCUUCAUCUAAGCUUGAGACAGUCACUCUCUCCGAGAUGAAACACGAGGAACUUGAGGCUUUAGUUGAGUUCAUGUACAGCAUUGACGGCUCUAUUUCUUCGGAAAGUCUCAAGAAACAUGCUAGGUCACUCUAUCUUGCAGCAGACAAGUAUGAGAUUCCGCAUCUGCGUGACAUAUGUAGAAGCCAGCUUAUAUCAUCUCUUAACUCGGCCAACUCUCUUAUCGCCCUUGAGCUUGCUCAAAUCCCUUUUGACAGAUCUCUUAACGACGUGGCCUUCAAUACUAUCAUGAAAAAUAUAGGCACCAUUGCUAGCUCUGCUGAGUUCAAGUUGUUUGUUGUAAACCAUCCAGAUCUUUCUGUGGAGAUCAUGAAGGCUUCUCUUAUUCAGCCUCAUAGUAAUGUAUGUCGCUGUUGUGGCCACAUACGGAGUGGAAGCAGCUAA